AUGAGCAGUCCGAACAGCAAAACUGGAACCAACAGUCAGGCAUGGAGAAAGAAACCUCGACAAUUCGCCCCAAAGUCGAGACUGGGCUGUAAAACAUGCAAAAUACGACGAAUCAAAUGUGACCAGGGUCGGCCAUCAUGCCUCAAGUGUCAGUCGACAGGGCGGAUCUGUGACGGCUAUGAUGUGGUACACCUUGUCGGGGUUGAGGCAAAGACAAGCCAGUGUCAUCACUCAGGGCCUGCUACAACAGCCACCCACGGCUUGGCAAACCCAUGCGCUACUUCCAACGCCCGGCAAGCGCCAUGCCUACAUUACCAAAACCAAGCAGAAGCUAUGUCAUUCUUCGAAGCCAUCUCCGUCAAGCAUCUGAACGAGUACUACCCAAGUAAGCCAUGGCGCGAGACACUUAUGUUGUUCUCCCAAACAAUCCCGUCAGUGAGACAUGCUGCUGUUGCACUGUCCCUGCUUCACCGAAGCUACCAUGACGGCUGUUCUAGACAGUCAGAAUACAAGGCUCUUUUCCAUUAUAACAAAGCCAUACAGCUUUUUCUGGCACAAAAGAGCUGUGAUGACGUCGAAGCAAUGACAACCACAUUAUUAGUAUGUUACUUGUUCACAAGCUUUGACAACUUGGCGGGCAAUUAUCAUCGGGCGAUGAUACAUCUGCAAGGAGGAGUGCAACUCUCGCACAGUAUUCCUAGUCUCAUGCUAGAUGGAAGCUGUGUCUCCAGAGUGAAUUCGUUUCUCAUGGAAGUUGUGAGGCAGCUGAGGCGUCUCGAUAUGCAAGCUGGUGCCUACCUAGUCGGUUGGAGCCCGGUAGACAUACAGGAAACUGGACGAGAAGCUCUGUUCUCGAGCGAGGCAUUUGAGUCAGUGGAUGAUGCCGCAAAUCACCACCAGAUCUUACUUGCGCGAGCCAUGAGACUGUACUGGAUGGCGCAAGAGUCAUCCUUCCUAGGCGGUGUGCCAUCCGUCGAUUCCAAACAGCUUGUUAUUGCGGAGCUAGAGACAUGGCGGUAUCAAUUCGACGACACGUUAAGCACAACUAAUCACUACAGUACCGAUAUCGUGCAUCUUACAACGUUAUUGAAACUCCAAAAUACCGUUCUUUGGAUCCUUGUCAGCAGUCUCGGCCCGGGUAGAGAGAUGGAGUACGACAUAUUUCUGCCCGUAUUUCAGCAAUGCGUCGCAAUGGUAGAUGAAGUCGCAUUGGGACACCAAAACUACGAAGGAUCAUCAAAACCGAGAUUCACUCAAGACGUAGCUAUUAUACCAAUUCUUUACAUCAUCGGAGCCAAAUGUCGAGACCCUAUGGUCCGAAGGGAUGUGCUGAGAAUCCUGAGACGACAGCCGCUCCGGGAGGCAGUCUGGGACAGUGCCGCUGCAGCGAGAGCUGUGGAAAGAAUAGCUGAGAUUGAAGAAAGUCGAGUUGGAAGGGGACGUGUAAAGAAGAUGGAGGAAAUCGAAGUGUCACAGAGGGUCGAGUGUGUAUCAUGGGAGCAAGUGAUCAACAGCCACUCCGGAACAAGACUCGAAUUGGAGUAUACUCUUUGCAAACAAGAGACCAGAUAUACAGAGUCUCUGCUGGUUGUUUAA